GCAGCUCCUCAGGCAGCCGUUGCCCGAGCGCUGACGGAAGCGGCCGAAGCCGAGGAGGGGCGCAGCCUCGGGCGCGGAGCCGCGGCUCGAGCGCCUCCCCGGCGGCCGAGCGCGCAGGCGCAGACCCCAGUAACUGCCGGUUGGUGGCGGCCGAACCGCAGUGGAGACAGACCCCGGCGGCGCAGGCUGCGGCGCGGCGGCCUGCACUUCCUCCGCGGUUGCUCGACGCGGUGCUCUAGAUUUAAUGCGUAGCGACUUCGGGUCAUCUCUCCUUUGCUUCUCGUAGGAGUCUCAAUUCCAGGAGCAGCAGCCCAGAAGAGGACGCGAUCCCCGCACGGGAGGCUUCAGCACUAUCGCCCCGGUCAUCAGGCGGCGGGAUGUCUGUGGUUGGCAUUGACCUCGGCUUUCUCAACUGCUACAUCGCUGUAGCGAGGAGUGGCGGCAUCGAGACCAUCGCCAAUGAGUACAGCGACAGAUGUACCCCGGCCUGUAUAUCUUUAGGAUCAAGAACUCGAGCCAUUGGAAAUGCAGCUAAGAGCCAGAUAGUCACGAAUGUAAGAAAUACAAUUCAUGGCUUCAAAAAGCUUCAUGGGCGCUCAUUUGAUGAUCCUAUUGUGCAAACUGAAAGGAUCAGGCUUCCCUAUGAGCUGCAGAAGAUGCCUAAUGGAAGUGCAGGAGUUAAGGUACGGUACCUAGAAGAAGAGAGACCUUUUGCAAUUGAGCAAGUUACUGGAAUGCUGUUGGCCAAGCUUAAAGAGACUUCAGAAAAUGCUUUAAAGAAACCAGUGGCUGACUGUGUGAUUUCAAUUCCUAGUUUUUUCACUGAUGCUGAGAGAAGAUCUGUGAUGGCCGCAGCCCAGGUUGCAGGUUUAAAUUGUUUAAGAUUGAUGAAUGAAACUACUGCAGUUGCACUAGCAUAUGGAAUUUAUAAACAGGAUCUUCCUCCAUUAGAUGAGAAACCAAGAAACGUAAUAUUCAUUGAUAUGGGACAUUCUGCCUAUCAAGUCUCAAUUUGUGCUUUUAACAAAGGAAAACUUAAAGUCUUGGCUACUACCUUUGAUCCAUAUUUGGGUGGCAGAAACUUUGAUGAGGCUUUAGUAGACUACUUCUGUGAUGAGUUCAAGACCAAAUAUAAGAUAAAUGUGAAAGAAAACUCUCGGGCCUUGUUGCGUUUAUAUCAAGAAUGUGAAAAACUAAAGAAGCUAAUGAGUGCAAAUGCAUCAGACCUUCCUCUGAACAUUGAGUGUUUCAUGAAUGACCUUGAUGUUUCUAGUAAGAUGAACAGGGCUCAAUUUGAACAGUUAUGUGCUUCCCUCUUUGCCAGGGUUGAACCACCACUGAAAGCAGUAAUGGAACAAGCUAAUUUACAACGUGAGGACAUAAGUAGUAUAGAAAUAGUAGGGGGAGCAACGCGAAUUCCUGCAGUGAAGGAACAAAUCACUAAAUUCUUUCUUAAAGAUAUAAGUACCACAUUAAAUGCUGAUGAAGCUGUUGCAAGAGGAUGUGCAUUACAGUGUGCGAUUCUCUCACCAGCAUUUAAAGUACGUGAAUUUUCCAUAACGGACAUUGUUCCCUAUUCAAUCACAUUAAGAUGGAAGACCUCUUUUGAAGAUGGAACUGGGGAAUGUGAAGUAUUCUGUAAGAACCAUCCUGCCCCAUUCUCAAAAGUCAUUACUUUCCACAAGAAGGAACCAUUUGAGCUAGAAGCAUUUUAUACUAAUUUAAAUGAAGUGCCUUACCCUGAUCCAAGAAUUGGGAGCUUCACUAUUCAGAACAUUUUUCCACAGUCUGAUGGUGACAGUUCCAAAGUAAAGGUUAAAGUUCGCAUUAACAUCCAUGGAAUCUUCAGUGUGGCUAGUGCAUCAGUAAUUGAGAAGCAAAAUAUAGAAGGGGAUCACAAUGAUGCACCUAUGGAAACAGAAACUUCAUUUAAGAGUGAAAGCAAAGAUGAUGUGGAUAAAAUGCAGGUUGACCAAGAAGAAGGUCACCAAAAAUGUCAUGCUGAACACACCCCAGAAGAGGAAAUUGAUCAUACAGGAACCAAAACAAAGUCAGCUCCCUCAGACAAACAAGACCGAUUAAACCAAACCAUUAAAAAAGGGAAAGUCAAGAGUAUUGAGCUACCUAUCCAGAGCAGCUUGUGUAGACAAUUGGGCCAAGAUCUUCUCAACAGCUACAUUGAAAAUGAGGGGAAGAUGAUAAUGCAAGAUAAGUUAGAGAAAGAAAGAAAUGAUGCUAAGAAUGCUGUUGAAGAAUAUGUAUAUGAUUUUAGAGACAAGCUGGGGACUCUCUAUGAAAAAUUCAUCACUCAAGAAGACUUCAGUAAACUGUCUGCAAUAUUGGAAGACACAGAAAAUUGGCUUUAUGAAGAAGGAGAGGACCAACCUAAACAAAUUUAUGUGGAUAAGCUUCAAGAGCUAAAGAAAUAUGGCCAGCCUAUUCAGAUCAGAUAUAUGGAACAUGAAGAGAGACCAAAGGCUUUAAACGACUUGGGAAAAAAGAUCCAACUUGUCAUGAAAGUGAUAGAAGCAUACAGAAACAAGGAUGAAAAAUAUGAUCAUUUGGAUCCUGCCGAAAUGGAAAAAGUUGAAAAGUAUAUCAGUGAAGCCAUGAGUUGGUUGAACAGUAAGAUGAACGCACAGAACAAACUAAGUCUCACUCAAGAUCCUGUGGUGAAAGUUUCAGAAAUAGUUACAAAGUCAAAGGAACUGGAUAAUUUCUGUAACCCCAUCAUUUACAAACCAAAACCUAAAGUAGAGGUUGCAGAAGACCCAGCAAAAGCUAAUAGUGAACACAAUGGACCAAUGGAUGGACAGAGUGGGACUGAAACUAAACCAGAUCCAACAAAAGACAACUCACUGCAUACUAAAUCUUCUGGGGAGAUGGAAGUGGACUAAGUCAUAAUUUUAUCUUCACGAAAUUCAAACAGUGCAAGUAACCACGGGGUCCAUUCUUCUUUUACAUCUGGCACACACAACAGAUGUUCAGUUGUUCUUAACCACUUUUUGUCAUUUGUUUUUUGGAGUAGUUUUGAAAAGUGUUUUAUAUUGAGUACACCUCUGUUCAUUUCCAUUGCUGCUUAUGUGAAGCGCUAGCUGAAUAUAGAUUUACAAGCCAGUUUAAGCUUUCCUAAUAUAUUUUAUAUCAAACGUGCAAGAUUGAUACAUAGUUGGCAACAACUUACCUUAUUUAAAGCUUCUAAGUUGAUAAACUUCAGCUCUUUAUUUGGGAAAGGAUACUGUAUUGCACUAUUGUUGCAGAAGCAUAGAUUUAACUGCAUCAUUUUGAAAAACAAAUAUUGAUAUUGAUGUGGUUUAAAGCCACUGAGGCACUGACCUUUUUCUAGUGAUUGUAUUGUUCUAAUUUAAAUAUUAAAGCAAAUAAGAAGUUCCUCCACAAAUUAGUCUAUCUCAUUGGUAUGCCAUGAGGACUCCAAAGAUUUGUUGUUAUCACAUAAAUGAAACAAAUCACACUUUGAAAGGGAAAACACACAAUUUUAUGUUAAGGUGACACCAGCAAUUUUCUUUUUAUUAGUAAUGUGGAUUUAUGUUUUCUCACAGUAAUUCAGUGUCAUUUUCACUUGAAACUUCUGAUCUAUUUCUCCUGAAGACCUGCUGCUACAAAAGUAAUGGCAGCCUUACGGAAGCAAAGUGUUUUUGAUGAAAAUACCUUCAUGUUAAGUGAAAAAUGCUGUUGACCUACUCAGACAUGCAUCUGUGAUGUUGAUAGCUUUGUUUCAGUUUUAGUAGCUGUUUUAGUUUUCUUAAUUGAUUCUGUUAAUAUCUUAGCACAGAGUAGGGAAAAAUGGCAUAAUGUGUUGCAUUAUAUACAUUUAUUGCUGAAGUACUUAAUGUUCAGAUAUAAACACUAUUAAAUAAGCAGUAAUACUUGAAAAGAAGCACUUAUACCAUAAGUCUUAGGAAAUAAUGCUUGUAAUAAACUUAACUAUGUUACAUAUCAACAGGCAAAAUAUAGAAUGUUACAUAGUGUAAUAUGGUAUGAUGUGAUUAAAUUAUAGUUCCUGCUGUUACAUUGACCUGUUCAGACCUUGGCUCCAGUUUUGGUGCUUCUUAGAAAAAUUAUAUGGGACAAGGGACUGUGAAAUUAAGAUAUUUUAAGAACUUAAUCUGUACUUCAUCACCAGACUGGUUCACUUGUUCAGUUUUGUCUACAGGCUUUCACUAUGGGAGCAGACUGAAAUGAUUUUUAAACCUCUAAGAAGCAUAGACAGUUCAUGGGCUCUUAUGUUUUAAUGCCAAUCAACUAGAUUGACCUAGUUUUGAAAUUUUGAGAGGCUCACUUUUUCCCAAAGCUAAAUCUUUAUAUUGAGAAUUAAUACUGACUUUUCUUAAGUAGUAAAAAUUGAGAGUUUAAUAUCUUUAGGGAUAGUCAUUAUUUCUCACAACUAGUUCUCUAAGAGAGAUUUCGUUUCUACAAUGUAGUCUGCACUGAAAGGAGAGUAUAGAAGAGUGCAUUUAGAGGGGAUUUUUAUCCAUCCUUUUUGAGAGAGAUUAUCUUGUUUGCAUUAAAAAAAUCAUAUAGCCCCAAUAUAUUUUUAAUGUCUUCUAAUCGUUAAACUGUCCUUGUUUUAAUACUGUUAAAAUGAAAUAAUUAUACCCGUUCGUAAUAAUUGAUAAAGUACACUUUUUUAAAGCAUAUAUCAGUUACUUUUCUUUGUAUGUUGAAUAUAUAGGUUCAUUUCAGGAAAACAUCAAAGCUAUGAAAGGGAAUACACAGCAGUACAAAUAGGGAGUUUAUAGCUUUUUCUUGAAUAAACAAGAACACCUCCACAUACUUUGUUAGGAGCUAUACUUCAGAAACUUUUGGGAAUAAAUGUGGGAACAACCCUUUCGUUAUCUGAAUUUUCUAGUAUGUUCUGACAUUUUCCAUUCCUUCUCUUAAAUUGGUUUAUGUAGUUCUGUGUUUUGGUCCGAAAUAUAACAUUCCAAUUCACUUCUAUAACACUUAAGUUAAAUACAUGCAAAGAUUACACAUAUACUUUUUCUACAUAUUUAUUCAAAUGAUACUUUCAAAAGCCCUUUAACCUUAUAAUGUAGUUAUUUAUUGAAUACAUUAAUAAAAGACAGUGUUCUCCUUAAUACAGUUUUGGGUAGACAGUAUGGUUUAGUUCAUUUUAAUCUGCACUGAAAUAUGCAGUGCUAGAGAAAGAUAUUUUCAAAAGAAAUCAAUAUUUUAGAAGUUAUUUUUAAAACAGCAAAAUAGAAUGUUUUCCUAUAGUAAGCAAAUAAAAACUAAGUAUGUAGAAAAUAUAUAGGAUAAUUAAUAAAUACUGGUACACUUUCUCUAUGGAAAAGUAUAAAUUACUUGGUCUGGGAAACCAACUCCUGAUAGUCAAUUAUACUGUGAUUAUAAAAACAAAAAAUGCUAAAUAAUAUAACAAAAUAAAAUUGGUAAUGUUUUAAUUCUUUAGUGGCAUACAGAAUUCUUAAGUUUUAAAACAACUAGAAGGCAGCACAUCAAAGAAUGAGGCUAUUGCAAUAACAGAUAAUCUGCUUUAAAAAAGUCAUUAGACCUUUAUUAAGAAGGAAUAAAGAUUUCUUAGACAUUUUCGGGGUCAAUUAUUAUGUUUAUGAUUAUUUUCUAGAUAGAAGUCUUUAUUUAAAGUGAGUUUUGGGGCUCAGUUAUCAAUAUACAAUAUAAUAAAACAGUAAUGUUAAACAAUUUUGUCCAAAUUAGCACAUCUUUAACUAUUUUGAAAAACUAUUCAAACAGACAUUUGAAUAUAGUGAUCAAAUUAGCUUACUUCCGUUUGACUCCAAAUAGAUAUAAAUAUCCUAUUGUCAUAAAUUUGAAUUGUAAUAGCCUAUAAACAUUCUCUUUAAAAUUUUCUGUUUUAAUAGUUGGUCUUUGGGAUUCCACACCAAGUAAAACGUUAGCAUUAAUUUUACAUAUCAGAUUUAGAAGUGAUUCUUAAAAGCCUAGAAAAAUAGAUCUUCAUCUCUUUCACCUUUUAGAUUUUACAACAAAAAACUUCAGUUCUAAAGUAAAUGUUAUUUUGUGGUUAAACUUUGGAAAUUUUCAGUUUGAAGUGGAAUUUAAUUUUGUGAUGUUUGAUUCUGUAAAACUUAAUGAGUCAUGUCUAAUUUAUUGAUCUAUUAAUAUUUAAAAAUCUGAUGGCACUGAUUAGCCACUGAUGACUUUUAAAAUGACAUAAGUAGGGAUGCUUAUAAAGUUGGCUUCUAAUAUUUUAUUAUCCUUACUAUAAUAUUUUAUAGCCAUCAGUGAUUCAGCAAACUAAAUCUUUAAAGCACUCAAUUUCAGAAAUACAGAAUUUUUUAUCAAAAGAGAAAAACAGGUUUAAAAUUACCUUUUAAAAAUUUUUUGUUGUUGGUCAAUGUCAAAUUUAAUCCAAAAUAUCAUUUUAAAUAAAAUAAUUCCCAGGAAGCACAUAAUCUUUUUAAUAAAAAGUAACAAAAAUUUAAUGCAUCUCAAAGACCAAGACUUUUAACCAGAACAAACAAAAAAGAAACUUGAACUAAUUUACUUUCACAUCUCUAAUUUAAAAUGCACUAAAAUUAAUAUUCUUCCAUGUAUUCAUAUGUUUCCUAAGAAAACAGCUUUUUUACAAUAUGGCCAGAUGUCUAAGUUUUUUGUUUGUUUGUUUGUUUGUUUGUUUUAACUAAAUUCAUGGGCAGUUGUUUCAUACAAUGAAAGGGCACCUGGAAUUUUUGAGAAUGUUAACAAACUGAAACUGCUUUGAAGAGAAAACCUAAAUAUCUGUGGCAGUGGGCAGUAUCUGUAGGUGGUAAUGGCUCUUUCAUCUUCUAGCUCCCUAAAGGAUACCUCUAGCAUAUUGUUAGAGUAAGUAUUAAAAGAAAAAGCACAUCUGUUAAAAUAUAUUAUUAAAUGACUUGGAGCUUUCAAGUCAAAGAAAAAAACUAAUACUUUAAUCAUGAACAUUUGAUUCAGUCUGUCAAAUAGGUCAAAAUCCUCAACAACAGAAAUUAAUAGUAUGAUCUUUGUUUUGGAAUUUCUAACUUACUGUCAUGUUCUGAGUCACAGUAUGAUUAGUAGGAAAAUAUACUGAUACCUGAAAAUGACCCAUCCUAUAAAGAGAUAAGUGAAAUUCAACAUGUCUCAGAUAGUUUAAUACUGUAUUAACUAUAAGUGGAAAUGGUCUUUAGUGUUUCCUGUUAUCUUUAAUUUAUCCUCCUAUUCAUUUCUAGAUUCUUAAAUAAUUACAUUUUUCUGAAAUAUAUUUUCCUAUUUAUUUUGGAUUAUUCUUUAUCUUUUAUUUCAUGCUAGUGUAUCACUUUGAUAGCUAAUUUUAUUACCUUUGUCUCCUUUAUCUUAACAAAUCUUACUGUUAAGAAUUUUUUAAAAUUAAUAGUUGAAAAGCCAUGUUCUAAAUGUCCAUAUGUAAUAUCUCUAACAUUUAAUAGUUGCUUGAUCAAGUAGAUUUUUCAUAUAUGACCUUAGAAUACUUCUAAGCAGUUCUGGACCAAAAGAGGUCGAUUUUGUGAGUACUGAGUUUUAAGUAGCCAUUGUCCCUAAUUUUUAAUCCAACUAUCAAUGUGACAAAAUAACAAGAGUCAGAAAUUCAAAAUGGUUGUUAAAGAUUAGACACCUUCAGUUCUUUGCUGCUUUCUGAUUACAUACAUGGGUUGUGUAUCUUUCUUUUUUUUUUUUUUUUAAAAUUUCCCUAAAUGCUUUUGCUUCCAAGACUUUGAACUAAAAUAAAAUGUUUUUGAAAUCCUAUGGACCCACCAAGAAUGUAGAUGUUAAAAUGUAAUUAGAGGUGGAAAUCUAGGUAAUGGAAGCUUUAAAGUGUUGUGUUUUUUACCCUGAAAUAAACUUGUGUGGCUUAGUAUCUUAGAAGGAGACUCACAUUAAAAGUAGUUACCUUGUAAUUUGGUAGGAUCAAGCCUUUAUUGUUUGAUACUACAGUUUAUAGAAGCAAUAUUUUAAUGAAGGUACCAAAUUGUUUAGUACUAACAAUAUGGCAUCCAAGUCAUUUUUUUCUUUUCUCCAACCAUUAUUAAAAUAAUUUAUGAACAUUGUAACUGACUCUGGUCAUUAGUAUAAAAUAACUUAUGGCAGUUUAGUUCCUACUAGCUAGUAAUUUUUUUUAAAGAAUAAUACAUUUCUUAAUUUCCCAGUUUGUUUUCAAUACAGAACGUGACUAGUGCAAUGCAGAAAAUCAUAAGUGUGAUAUGUCUAUAAAAAUAAUUAUCUGAGUUUUGCAUGGGAUAGACCCUAGCCUCAAUGAGCGGACAUGAGAAUGAUUUGUGAUGUUAGGUUGGUAACAUUCUAGGAAUAUAUAUGUGUGUAUAUAUAUACAUGUAUGUAUAUAUGUAUAUAUAUCUCUAUAUAUAUUUGGCAUAUAAUUUUGGUUCACAAACAUAUCCAUAAAAAUGCUUACAUAUGUCAGUAUCAAAGUAUAUAAAACAUUUUCUAUGUAUGUAAAUUGGCAUCUUCAUACUGGUGAACAAACAAAUGGCAAUUGAUAAUAAACGCAGUUCAUUUUGGAUGGCAGUGCACCUUGUCAAGAAGUCAUGUAAUUAUAAUAAAUAUGUAUCUACUUAA